AUGUCAUGCGUAGAAAUAUCGGGCUGGAUGAGCCCCAGGUUGCUGCUUAUCACCAUAGCCAUAUUUAGCCUUGUGGGCUAUCGAGUCUGGAAACGCCAGGUUCAAAGACAGGAAGAAGACCAAUAUGCAGCGCGAAUGGGAUGUAAAGCUCCGCGAAAAUGGGCAGCAAAAUGGCCGCAAGGCUUGGAUAUGCUUCUUCAGGUCGCCAAGCAUGCAAGGUCUCAGACAAUUCUGCAGUUCUUUCUUGAAGUGGUGGAGUCGAGCGGGACGACACAUGAGCAGCAGCUUCUUGGGCUGCGAGGAAUCAAUACGGUCGAACCACGCAAUAUCGAAGAGAUUCUCUCUAAUCAGUUUGAAGACUUCGGCCUUGGACUUCGGCCCAAGCACUUUGCACCACUGAUGGGGAGCGGCAUAUUCACCCAAGAUGGCGCAGCAUGGAAGCACUCACGUGCCCUCCUCCGUCCCCAAUUCGCAUCUAAUCGCUACCAAAAUUUCGAGGAGAUGAAAAAGUGCGUGGAAAGCUUGAUAAGUAACAUCCCUGCAGAUGGGAUCGUUGAUCUGCAGCCACUUUUCUUUCGACUGACGUUCGACACUACUACAUUCCUUCUGUUUGGUGAGACGCUGAGUUCGUUGCAAAGCAGCGAGAUUGCGGGACAGGAAUCUGAAUUUGCAAAAGCGUUCAAUCUCGGCCAGGAGUACCUUUCUCAUCGUGGCCGGCUGGGCGAAUUCUAUUGGCUUGCAAAUACCCCAGAGUUCCGCCGCGCGUGUAAGACUUCUCAUCAUUUCGUUGAUCAAGCGAUCCAAAGAGCGCUGGACGCUGCCGAUGCGCCACAGUCCGAAAACUCAAUCCUGGAGGUGAAGAAGCAAUAUGUAUUCAUUAAUGCCCUUAUCCAAGAGACACGGGACAAGAAGGAACUCCGUGACCAAUGCCUGAAUGUUCUGUUGGCGGGCAGAGAUACGACUGCAUGCUGUCUCACAUGGACAUUAAGACUUCUAGCUCGACAUCCCCAGGUCUUGGGCAAGCUGCGCACAGAGAUCGAAUCAAUUACUGGUCUAGGGGAAGAGGCAACCCCCCCUACUCGUGAGCUUUUAAGGAAGAUGCGGUACCUCGAUCUUAUUCUCAAAGAAGUCCUCCGGCUCUAUCCAUCCGUUCCCGUCAAUUCCCGCGCAGCGCUGAAAGCCACCACGCUUCCUGUUGGUGGGGGUCCAGACGGCCAGUCUCCAAUCCUCAUCAGAAAAGGAGAAGCAGUUGGGUACUGCGUAUAUGCCAUGCACCGGCGCACGGAUGUAUUUGGAAAAGACGCACUCGAAUUUCGGCCUGAGCGCUGGGAAGACGGUGAGCUGUUACGGGAUGUAGGGUAUGGGUAUCUUCCGUUCAAUGGAGGGCCACGAAUAUGCUUGGGGCAGGACUUCGCUCUUCUAGAAGCGGGUUAUACUGUUGCUAGACUUGUCCAGCGCUUCCCAUUCAUUACUGUACCAGUUGGCGUUCCGCCUGUAGAGCUUGGCAAGGAGAAGCAGAUAUUGACACUUGUGGUCGCUUCUGGAGAUGGUUGUAUGGUGCAAAUGCGCCGAGGCAACUGA